AUACUCACUCGUAAUAAUACACUGAAGUAAACACACACACAACACAUUCACAUUCAUAGAUUCAAAUUCAAAUUGGAUCAUUCUAAGAAUGCGAUAAUUUCAACUACGCAUGAUGAUAUGAUUUGAUUUUAUUUUAGGGCUUUUUUUUCUUCUUUUCCUUCUGUAUGAUCCAAAUCAGAUUAACUGAUUGAUUUGUUUUAUUCUUAAUGGCGGUUUCUGGACCUCUUACCCCUGGUCAGGUGUCAUUUUUGCUUGGAAUCAUCCCUAUAUUUGUUUCUUGGAUUUAUUCGGAAUGGCUGGAAUACAAGAAAACUUCAUCCAUAUCCAAACUCCAUUCAGACAAUAGUUUGGUUGAAUUGGAAAUUGUGGCAACUGAGGAAGAUGACCGGGCUGUUUUGCUGGAAGGUGGUCCACCAAAGAUAGCAUCAGUAAGGCAGCCUGAUGUUGUCGUUAAAUCAAACUUAAUUAGAUUUGUGACAAUGGAGGAGUCCUUUUUACUUGAAAAUAGAGCAACCCUAAGAUCAAUAUCAGAAUUUGGGGGAAUCUUGUUUUAUUUCUACUUGUGUGACCGUACCAGCUUAAUCCCAGAGUCUUCGAAGAAUUACAAUCGUGACCUUUUCCUUUUCCUGUACGCACUUUUAAUCAUUGUUUCGGCAAUGACAUCUCUGAAGAAACAUAGUGACAAGUCUGCAUUAUCAGGAAAAUCGAUACUUUACCUCAAUCGACAUCAAACAGAGGAGUGGAAAGGAUGGAUGCAGGUUCUCUUCUUAAUGUAUCAUUAUUUUGCUGCCACCGAGAUUUACAAUGCUAUUCGUGUUUUUAUUGCUGCCUAUGUCUGGAUGACUGGUUUCGGGAACUUCUCCUACUACUACAUUAGAAAGGAUUUCAGUGUUGCACGAUUUUCUCAGAUGAUGUGGAGGCUGAAUUUUUUUGUGGCAUUUUGUUGUAUAAUUCUUAACAACGACUAUAUGCUCUAUUAUAUUUGUCCUAUGCACACCCUCUUCACUCUUAUGGUGUAUGGAGCACUUGCCACCGGAAGCAAAUAUAAUGAGAUAAGAUCAGUGAUGAUUAUGAAGAUCAUUGCUUGCUUUCUAGUGGUUAUCUUGAUCUGGGAGAUUCCUGGAGUUUUUGACCUUAUUUGGGGACCUCUUGCAUUCUUGUUAGGAUAUAGUGAUCCUGCUAAACCUGAUCUGCCUAGGUUGCAUGAGUGGCACUUCAGAUCUGGACUAGAUCGCUACAUAUGGAUUAUUGGAAUGAUAUAUGCAUAUCUUCACCCUAAUGUCGAAAAAUGGAUGGAAAAACUUGAGGAGUCAGAAAGUAAACGGAGACGCACCAUCAAGGCGUCCAUUGUUUCAGUCUCUGUUCUGGCUGGUUACAUGUGGUAUGAGUACAUAUACAAGUUGGACAAGGUUACAUACAAUAAAUACCACCCCUACACAUCAUGGAUACCUAUAACUGUCUACAUCUGCUUGAGGAAUUUCACUCAAUAUCUCCGGAAUUUCACUUUAACUCUCUUUGCGUGGCUUGGUAAAAUCACUUUGGAGACAUACAUUUCUCAGUUCCAUAUAUGGCUUAGAUCAGAUAUCCCCAAUGCACAGCCAAAAUGGCUUCUCUCAUUUAUACCAAAUUACCCAAUGCUCAAUUUCAUGCUUACAACUGCAGUUUAUGUCUUGAUAUCUUGUAGGCUAUUUGAACUGACAAAUACGCUGAAGUCAGUUUUUAUACCCACAAAAAACGAUCGACAACUGCUUUACAAUUUUCUAGCUGGAGCAGCAAUUUUUGGCUGUCUAUACUUAAUUGCAUUUGUUGUUGUUCAGAUUCCUCAAUAGCCGGCUUGAUGAAGUUCAAAGAUUUACUACAAGAUACUUUCUGUUUAAAUCAUGAAAUAUAUAUACAUGGAGCAACAAUAAUUCAAAAUACUUCUAAAUUCAACAAAUGGCUCAUAAAGUAAAGUGUCUCCAACAAUUUUGGAGAUAGUCGGCCCUAUGCUUUUGCUAGUCUGCAAGAUGUAGACGUUUUUUGCUUUUCUGAACCAUUGGGUAGAAGUCUGGUUGUUAUAGUAAAGGUAAUCCUUUUGUAAUCUUUUCGAUGUGUACUGUAGUUUGUUGAGUGUGAUGGGAACUUGUAAGUAUAUGUAAUCUAGGUUUGUGGGCAAUCAUUUGAAAACGAAAAGUAAAGAAUUGUUGCAGUUUUGUGUAAAUGUUGGUCAUUUCACAAUUGUAAAGUCAAGACAAAACAUCUUGUAAUUUAGUUUAGAUCAUGUAUUUGGAUACAUUAUCCAGUGGACGACA